AAAUUCAGUAUUCCACGCAUCGGAUACCGCGUAAAAUCAGGUUCGCGUGACAAAAAUAAAUCAAUCCUCAUUUUGAUGCUGUAGCUGACUGAAAAGUGGUAGUAGCAAAUUGACGUCAAAUUACCAUUCGUUUCAUCAAUUAAGUACAUUAAUAUAGUUAAGUAGUAAAUAAAUGGACACCGACGAUGAUGACGUAGAAGAGGAACAAAAUCCACACGAAACUCCGGAGAAAGAAAUUCUUUGGGCUGCAGUUAAAGGAGAAAUUGACAUAGUUGAAACUUUGGUUCAAAGUAAUCCAGCAUUGAUUCAUGUGAAAGACCGUGAUGGCUACAGUCCUCUUCAUAGAGCUUGCUAUGAAAAUCAUUUGAACAUUGCAGAGUUACUACUCAAACACAAUGCCAAAGCAGAUGCAUUGACCAAUGAACUCUGGCAACCAUUGCAUUCAGCGAGCAAAUGGAAUAGUAGUUUGUGUGUGGCUUUACUGUUGGAAUGGGGUGCUAAUGUUAAUUCAGUAACUAGAGGUGGACUUACACCAUUACACUUGGCCUCAUCCAAUUCUACUGCAUAUGACACUUUGCUUAUUUUGUUAAACCACCCUUUGAUUAAUGCAAAUAUUUUGAGCACUAAUGGUGAAACAGCCCAUGAAAUAUCCUGUAGAUGUGGACCUUACUCACAACUCUUUGAUAUUGUAAAUGAAGCCUUGAAUUGUAUUUAACUAUUACUUGCUAAUGUAAUGUGUUAACUCCUGAAGUGGAGCCAAAUAAAUAUUUCAUGUGUGGUUCCUAAA